AUGGCUAACAGGAGAUUUUCUUAUAUAGGACCUGAAUCUGUAAAGUUCGAUGGGCUUGUCGAGUCAACAAAAGCAUGACAAGCCUUAAGUUCUGACCCAAACCAAUCAGUAAUGACUUGGUCAGAUUUUGUGAAAAUUUGUACCUCAGAAAUCAAUCAGUUGAAUAAUAAAAAGGCAAAAGUUCCUCCCAAGCUGGUGCAGCAGCUGAUUUCUACGCUUUCAAUAAUAUCAGACACAAUGCUUGCUCAAGCAGAGUCCUUCACAAAGGCUGAUUCUGCCAAUAUUUUGACUGAGCUUUCUGAUCAAUUGAUUCCUCUUUUUCAAUUACUGAAAUUUUUGGUAUUCAAAAAAGAGAUUAAGCUAAAGAAAAGAGAAGCGUCAUUGAUAAUUGAUUUUUGUAAAAAAAUCAAGAACUUAUUUUGGGAGGAUCUCGAGCCAGAAUCUAUCAAUGAGCUGAUAAAUAUAAUUAAACUGCAAAUUGAAAUAUUAUGUAUUGCCAAAAGUUAUUGAAAAAAGACGAGUACGCAGCUGCACUCGACGUUUAAUUUCUUUUUUCUAUUGCUGAGUGAUUUUAUAGCUAGUCAAAAAUUGAGGACUUUAGGGCUUUUUCCAUAUGAGAUUGAUAAAACUACAAGGAAAAUUAUGAAGGAUAAAUGUUUCUCUUAUCAUUUAGAUUUAUUGACAUUUGUGCUUUUUACGAUAAGCAGUUAUUAUGAAAUAAAUGCGCCGUUUUUUGCAGUGGAUGAAUUUAGCACCCUGGUGCCAAUUUUAUUUAAUUAUAUUUUGCAUAUAGAUGACUUUAAAAAAUGCAAAAAUUCUUUAUCAUCAGAGCUGGCUCUACAGAAAGCUUUAUUUUCUAUAGAAAUUUUAUCAGCUUGCUCACAUAUUUCUAAAAUAGACCAUGGGAAAAUAGUGAUUGAGAAUGAAGAAAAGCUUAAAGAGACCUUCUUUUAUUUUGUUUUAAAUUAUAUGAAAAACUUUUUUUCAGCUAAUUCCCAGUCAUUUGAAAAUGAAAAAGGCUAUUUAGGAUCAUUAUACAGAUCUUUAUUUGAGCUUAUCAGAAAUUCAAUAGAUUCUUCAGAAAUAACAUCGAAUAGCAUAAUAAGUAGCUGCUUAGAAGGUCUCCCUAUAGUUUUAUUUUCUCUGUACUGGCAAACAGUAAGGCUUAUAUAGGACAUUGCGAUCGAAAUGAAAAAUCACCCUCCUCAGCUACAAACUUAUACCCUCCAGUUUUUAAAAAAAUACCUAGAAAAUUUAGGCAUCAGCAAGUUUCAGUCAAAAUUAUUGCUAAUUAAAGAUUUUGGGCUUGUCAGCUUGAUUUUUUCAAAACCUUUUUUCCAGAUUGAAUACCCAAUUAAUGAUGAUACUAUUAAGCUAAGUGAAGCUGCUUCUCAAAGCUGAAAUGGGCUGUGGAAUGACUUGAUUGGGAACCCAAUGAACUUAGAAUGGAUUUCUCAGUCUAUUGUAAGCCACAUGAGGCAAAAUCAAGACGAUGUAGAGUAUAUUAUUCAUAUGAAUAGCUGGAUCCAAGGGCAAUUUUUAGAAAAAGGGAAAGAAAAAUUCAUGGAAAUCGGCAUAAAAAAUGGGAUUAUUGAACAAAUCCUCAGCAUUGUCAUCAGUUUAAGCUCGAAGCAAGAUUCUUAUGACCAAAUGACUGUAUUAUUCUGUAUAUUGAAAUUAAUAUUGAAUAUAAUAAUAUCGCUAAGCACGUAUGUUCUCUCCGAGAAAUACGCUUGCUUAUAAAGAAUUGCCAAUAAGGAACAAUUUUUGGUUUGCCAUUUUUAAAUUUGAUUAGUCAAAAAAUACCUCCUAAAAUUUGUUAAGCCAGCUAUUGUCUGGCUAGACAAAAAAUACUCGUUAGUUGGUUAUUCUCCAUGAUAGGUAUAUUCCUCCUCUGCGGAUUUUAUCAUUAUGAGGCUCAAUUUUCAAGAGAACAUUUAUCCAUAAUCUAGUAUGAAUUGCCGCAUAGGUUAUGAUAAUCAGCCCAGAGAAAAAAGGAGGCAUUUGGCUUCGCUGCUUUGCAUGCCGAGAAGGGUGACCCUUUGGCAGAGCACGCACUAAAGCCAAUUUAAGAGCAAGGGUGACGAUGAAGUCUUUCUGGUCAUUUUUGUGUGUCCUCUUGAAUGCUUGCUUGGCAAGAUUGCUGCUGUCAUCAUCAGUUGGGAGUUAAAAGGGUCCCUGCAGAAGAGAAUACCAUUUUAAAAAUCUGAAUAAUUAAGACUAAUAUUAAGAAAUUAAUACUAGAAAAAUACUACCAAGAAGACCUUCCUGGUGGAGACACUUUAAUAGAUUUGAUGCUGCAGGACAAAUUAUUGAAAAAUUCCAGCACUGUUGAUAUAUGCGCUUCCUUUAUAUCAAGGGUUCUAAAAUUUGACAGUGAAAAAGCUUAUGAAAGGUUUGAAUGGUAUCUAAACGCUGCCACUGAUAUUGACGUGCUACUUCAGCUUCUUACGAUCCUCCAAGAAGUGCUAAAAGACCUAGAAGACCCAGAAGUCAAAAGACGUCAAGCCUGUUUUACUAAAUCAAAUGCCAUAAGGGUGCUAAAAAUCAAGCUUAUUAAUGACUACUCAAAAGAACCAGCUGAAAAAGUAUCAGACUUAUGAGGAAAAACCUUUGAGUGUAUACGAUUCCUUCUAUAUAAAAAUCCAGAAAGCAAAAAAGCAAUUAAGGAGUUUGAUUUUGACUUUAUCACAAAUACAGUAAUGAGGAGUGCAUAUGAUGGAGUGAGGAAAGAAAUUUGUUUAAAAUCAAUAGAAAGCUUAUUUUGUAUAUUACUGGAUACCAAAAUUCAUGGAAGAAAAUCAGGGCUACAUAUAAAAACACCUGAAGUGAUUCCAUUGAUUAUUGAGCUUUUGUUUGAUAUUGAUUAUAGUAAUGACUCGGCAAGGAUAAUGGAUGACAAUAUUGAAUUUAUCAUUCAAUAUGAUGCAGAUAGAGCUCAUUUGGCAGCUAGGAGGACUAUUGAUAUAAUUCUGUAUACUCUUGAGAAAAAUUCAGAAAAUUCCAAUUUAAAUUAUAUUGAAGAUGUCCUUUCUAUCUUUCCUUAUAAAAAUAUAAGCAAGAUUUUAAAUAAAAUGAUUUUUUUUAUAAAAAAAUAUAAUAGGGGGUUAAGAUUAUUUGUCACCAUAUAACACCACAAGAAUUAAGAAGGAUCAUAAAUAUUGUGCAGUCUUCUAAAAAUUUUCAAGAAAAAAAAUUAAUGAUAUAUAGAAGCUUAUAUAGAAGCAUAGAACACGCAUUUUCGAGAAUAAGCCAAACUGGAGAAAACCGCUUAGGCUUAUCACCAACCAGGUACUUUUAUUUUCGCGACCCUGAAAGUAUGCUGGCUUGUAAAAAUGACGAAAAAUUGUCAUUUCUCCCUAGAAAAGAAUUUUCUUUAUUUGUGUGGCUAUUCCCUGACAGUAUAGAAAAUAGUUCUUGCCUUUUUGAAUUUUUUGACAGGCAUGGGAAUAAGCUGUCAUUUAUGAUGAAGCACCAAGGAAUUUUGCACCUCAAAAAUGGGGCAAGAUUCAAAGCCUGAAGCAAUAAGCGCGUCAUUGAAAACCAAUGAAAUUUAGUUGGAUUUACUAUAAGACAGGGUGCUAAAUGCGAUUUUAUUAUUAAUAAUAGUUUUUGCAUUGAAGGAUUUGAAGGAAAAGUCUCAUAUCCAACUGAAUAUUUGAAUAAAUUUUUGUGUGGGAAUAAUAAAAAUUCAAAAAAACCGUUUAAUGGAAAAAUGAGCACUAUUUAUAUUGUAAAUAAGCUAUUACAAGAAAAACACGUUUUACAGAUCUAUAGCUUUUCUUUCCAAUAUAAACUUGGCUUUAAUCUUGAAGCGAUAUCUACUUCAGAGAAUUUUGAUGGAAAUUCUCUUGUAAUAAAAGAAAUUUGGCAGUCCUUGUGGCUCAAAUGAGAUCCCCGCUCAUAUAACCCUGAAUUUUCUCCAACAAAUAAAUUAAUUAUAGAAGAAAGAUGUGAGAGAUUUAAUGGCGUGACUAUCUUAGAAGCAAUAACUGCAAAUGGAGGGUUAAAUAUUUUUUUGCCUUUAAUUAAAGAAUGCUCAAACUCAGAAGAAGUCAUUUUGAUUAUAAAUAUGAUUGGCGUCAUAUGCCAAACACAAACCCUUGACAGUUUAAUUACUGCAGAAUUUUUAGAUUUAUUAGGAAUCAUGAUGGAGGAUAUCAUAAAUAAUCCUUCUGAAGACCUUUUAGAAGCAGUAAAACUUAUUAUUAAAAAUCUUGACUGAAAUGAAGCAUACCAAAUCCAGGCAAUAAAAAGCUUGCUUUUAGGGAAACUUUGGAAUAAACUUUCCCAAGACCAUCAAGAAAAAUACAUUUCAGCUCUAUCAAUGUACAUUCCAAAAUAUUUUAGAUGUAAUUUAAAAACAAUUGUUCCCAUUUAUGACCAUAUUUCCAGACUGGAGAUCUCCCCACAAUACAGAGAGAAUUUUUCUGAGAAAUGCAAAGAAAUCUUAUCAAUGCACUUGCCUAACGAAAUCGGAGCUGAACAUAUAGACGGUCUUUUUGGUCUAAUUUUUAAUAUGAAAAAGGACGAAAAAUGGGAUUUUUUAUGCAAUUUAUUAAUUAUCCUCAACGACAAAAAAAUAUCAAGAGACUGUCUGAUCGAGACCUGCAAUUUGAUGCUUUACAUUAUGAGCGACGUCAAAGUAAUUGCUAUCAAAUUCCGAGCUUUCAGCGUUUUCCUCAGAUGCAUUGAAAGCUUGGAUCUUCGCAUUAUAAAUAGCCUCACAACCCAGCUGAAUGAAGCCCUAGAAAAAGAAGACAUCGAGAGCUUUAAAAAAGAUUUCUACUGGGUCUGGUUUAUCCCUAGAUUCCGUUAUGAGCUGCGGGAAAAGCUAGCUUCUACCUUUGAAGGGCUUAAAACAAGUGAUAUCCCUGCUUCUAUACUUGACAUAAAUUCUAAUCAUGACUGAGAAAAAAUGAUUUAUGAAGCCCUGGAAUGUGAUAUGGGGACUUAUAUACAAUUGAUGCUGGGCUUUAACAAAUUUUAUUCACUGGACAUGCUCGCUGUGAUUUUUAUAGCAGAGACUAUUGAAUUAGUUAAAAAAACUGAUGACAAAAUGGCCUUGGAGUUUUUAAAAGCAUUUAUUGAGAGUGUGCAGGCGUGGAAUAUUAUAAAACACCUGGAAAAUUACAGGUACUUUAAAGAACAAAUUAAUUUGGAGAAUUUGGAGGUAGGGAAAAUAGCAGAAAUUGAAAAUUUAGCGGCUUGAAAAAAUCCAAGCCAAGAAAAUUAUCAAGCUGCGUGCAUUGAAAUUUCAAAUUUAAUAAAAAACUCUUUGGAAUCCCAAGAAAAGUUUAUUUUUCUCAUAAAUUCUUCAGAAUUGCUUAAUGGAAUUAGCUUUUUGCUGCUUGUAUUGAUGGGGAAUAAAUAUAGCUCAAUUAAGCAUCAAAGUGUUGACUCUCCUACUAGACAAGAAAAAAGAGGCCUCAAAGACUUCAUUAAGGAAGCAGAAGAUAUACAGAAAGAACUGAGAAAGCAGCAGGCAAUUAUUGAAAAAUAUUUUGAAAGAAAUAAACUACUCUUGAAAAAAAAGUAUCAAAAAUUCACCAAAAAAAUCCAAGAAACCUCAGGCUCCAAGAAAGUAUAUAAAAUUCGCUCCAAUUUUGAUAAAAUGGGUAGGAUGCCAUUUUUAAGCACAGUAAAAGAAAAGCCGCAAGAUUCUUCAGCUUUAAAUAGCGCCUUUCAGACUUUUUCAAAUCGUUUUUCAAUGCAAAUUUCUGAGCUUGUCCGCUCGUAUUCUAUUUUAUUAAAAGAAGACACUGAACGCCUAAUAAAAGCAACUUCAGACGACACCUCAUAUGCCCCUAGCAUUGCUGAAACAGAAGAAACUGAAGAAAUUUUUAAUGAAAUUUCUGACGAAGAUUGGGAUAUUUUAGAAGAGGACAAUAACACCCCAUCAGUUAAUUUUGACUGCGAAAGGAUAAAAAUUGCAGGAAGCUACUGAGGAAAUCUUGAAAUUUCGAGCGCAUGGCUACUGUUUUCUAGUAAGGGAGAGCUGAAACCGAAUAAUGAAGAAUAUUUUGGGUCUGCAUUGGACCAUACAAGAAGGAAAAAAAAAUGCAAAAAAAUUUGGAGGGUUGAUGAAAUUGCAGAAGUCUUGCCAAGACGAUUUAUUCAUAGGCACACAGCGAUUGAAGUGUUUUUUAAGUCGGGAAAAUCGUGCUUGUUUAAUCUUUUUAGUGCAGAAAAUAGAAAUAGCUGCUUACAAGAAAUGAAAAUUUGAGAUAAACAUAAUGUGCAUGUCGUUGAAAAAAUAGACCAGGAAUAUGUAUAGGCAUUUCGCCUAUAUUGCCCGAUAUGGGCUGAAAGUUGAGAGCACUUCCUCUCAAGUUGGUCAAACAAACAGAGAGUUUAGGGAGUUUCCCUCUCCUGUUGGUUUGGCUAAACCAACUUGAGAGAAAGCGCUCUAAACUUUCGGCCCAUAUCGGGCAAUAUAGGCGAAAUGCCUAUAUGCUCUAUUGAAUAGUCUUGGCUUUAUUAAUUUGAAUUAAUUUUUAUAGAAAAAAUAUUUAUUGUUAUAUUUAUAGACCAUUCAAGCAUAAAAAUAUAUAAAAUACACCAAAGCUUGGAAAAACGGGAAACUAGCCUUCUUAUCUACAAAAGAGACAACCAUCGGAUAAAUCCCUGUAUUUUUUUUAAAAAAAUCUGUGUAGUGAGCGAAGAUUUUUUUUAAAUAAAUAAUUUAAUAAAAAAUAUUUUGAGAUAUUAGUUAUAAUUAUUAUAAUGAAAUCUCUAGAUAACUUGAUAUCUUAAACAGCUUGCAUUCUAAAGCAUAAAGUUAAUAAUUUAAUUCCAAUUUUAAGAAUUAGAAUUUUUUAAUUUUUGAAAAAAUAAAAAUUAUAUGAGUUUUUAAAAUAAAAAUUAACCCUUCAUUUAGCGAACAAAAUUUCUGCUUAUUCAGAGAGGGGCAGGAAUAAGCAAUUUCGAAUACUUAAUGAUCCUAAACAAGCUCGCAAGCAGGUCUUUUAACGACAUAAACCAAUACCCCGUAUUUCCAUGAAUAAUCAAAGAAUUUUCCACAAGUGAGCUAUUCCUCAAUCACAAAGAAAUUUACCGAGACCUGCGAUUCCCAAUCGGUGCCCAAGAUGACAACACCCGCAAAGAAGUUUCAGAAAAAUACAAAAUGUGGCAAAGUGAAGAAAUAAUGCCUUUUCACUAUGGUUCUCAUUAUUCUAAUGCAGGGGUGGUUUUUUAUUAUUUAGUUCGGCUUCAUCCCUUUACAGAAGGUGCCAAAGAGCUACAGGGCGGGAAAUUUGACAUUGCAGACCGUCUUUUCCACUCCAUAGAAAUAUCAUGGGACUGUGCGCAGUCUCCAUCAGGAGAUGUCAAAGAGCUUAUCCCUGAGAUGUUUUACUUGCCUGAAAUGCUACUUAAUGUCAAUAAUCUUGAUUUAGGGACCAGACAAUGUGGAAAAGGAGAAAUUUCCCAUGUGGAGCUACCAUUGUGAGCAAAAACUGGGGCAAGAACUCGUUCAGGGGUAGAAAACUUAGAUUAUUAUUAUGCGGUUAAUUUUAUUAGAAAGCACCGAAAAGCUUUAGAGUCAGAUUUUGUCAGUGAAAACUUGCACAAUUGGAUUGACUUAAUUUUUGGCUACAAGCAGCAAGGCCCAGCUGCUGAGUCUGCUUUAAAUAUAUUUUUCUAUUCCACUUAUGAAGAAAAUAUGCAAGUUUUUAAAGAAAAAAACCAAAGCUUCUUACAGUCCACAAUACAACAAGUAGUCCAUUUCGGCCAAACUCCUGUGCAGCUUUUUAAGCUGCACCAUCCUCAAAAAGAUAUACACAAGCGGCAGAGGACAAUUUUUCAACAAAAAAUCACUGAAAAAACAGACAAUCAAGGGACAAGGACCAGAAAAAUUUUUGGGAAAAUUUUUGCGCUUUUUACUACAAGUUCUUGGCUUAUUGGGGUAAAGUCCUCUGGCAAUAAUUCUUUAUCAGGUUUUCGGCUCAGUUUUAAAAGAGAACUAGGAGAAAUGAAAUUAGACUCUACAAGCUACCAGGAAUUUAUACUAGAAGCUACAACAGAAUUUGGCCUAGAAAACUGGGUCGAAGAGUCCUUAUGGAAACAUACAUUUAAUAAUGAAGAUCCCAGGAUAAUUCUUGACAAAAAUCCUAACCAGUAUUGUUUAUUAGGAGAAAAAUACAUAGUUUCAGGAUUCCAUAUAGAAAAUUCCUUUAAAGUCCACAAUUUAAAAGGAAUUUUAAUCCAAUCAAUUCACCAUCAUGCAGGGCUUGUCACUUGUGUAGCAAGUAUCGACGAUUUGUUGUUCACUGGCAGCUUAGACGCUUCUAUAUGUUUAUGGCUCCAUAUAGGGGAAAAACAAAAAAUAAUCAAACCAAGACGGAUUUAUUUAGGCCACAGUUCCGUAAUAAGGCAAAUUUCAGCCUCCCCUAGCUACCAAGUUUUAGUGUCCUUAUCUUCUAAUGGACUAAUCUUAAUGCACGAUAUCAGGUCUGGGGACUGCUUAAAAUCCUUCCCACAAGUAUCCCAGUCAUUGCCAAGGGCUGUUGCUAUAAGUGAGCUUGGGAUUAUUGCAGCCGCAAUCAGUGAAGAAAAUUUAAUUGUGGUUUAUUCAUUGAAUGGGGAAGUAAUAAGAUGUCUGGAGGUAAAAAGGGACUUAAUUUGGUGUAUACAAUUUGACGCGUCUGGGGAAUUUUUGAUUUCUGGGGGAACUGAAAGUAUAGGAUUCGUAGGAGUUUUUGAUGAGGAUAAAAAGGUGUAUAGAGAAGUCCAGUCGACAGUUAUGGCUAUUUGUUUGCCGAAGGGGCAGGAGUUUAUUAUAUAUGCCAUGAAUAAAGAAGAAGCUCAACUUUGUAUUUUUGAUUUGACACCAAAGCAGAAAAGACACACUAUGCCGCCACAUAUGGUCCAUUCUUAA